GACGCCAGUCUCUGAUCAAUGUCAUCACAGACACCGAAGAAGAUGAUAGGAAGAGAUGGGCGAGAGAGAAUGAAAUAAACAACACAAAAAUAAGUAAUCAUAAUGCAGCGCUAUCUGGGACAUUUAUCAUAAGCUUAAAGACUUUGCAACGUUUCAUCAGGAGCGGAGGUCAUGGCGUUUGUCACAGCUAACUGGAACCCUUUGGGCGAGGCUUUUUACAGAAAGAUUGAAUUGUAUGAGAUGGGCUGGAAUCUGAAAGAUGGUCUGAGAGACUGUCUGGUCGCUGCAGCGCCAUAUGGGGGUCCCAUCGCUCUCCUAAAGGGGCACAGCCGCCGCUCUCCCAGUGCCAGACCUCAGUUAGAAAUCUACUCUUCCUCAGGACUGUCUCUGGCCAGUUUUCAAUGGAAGAGUGGAGUGGUGAAGCAGUUGGGUUGGACGGUGUCUGAUGACCUACUGUGUGUUCAGGAGGAUGGCACUGUGCUUGUCUAUGAUCUCUUUGGUGGCUUCAAGAGACACUUCAGCAUGGGCAAUGAAGUUUCUCAGAGUCAGGUGCUGGAGACCAAGAUUUUCCAUUCGCCAUACGGGACAGGAGUUGCCAUAUUGACAGGUGCCUUGCGAUUCACUUUGGCCACGAACAUUGAUGACAUAAAACUGAGGCGGUUACCUGAAAUUCCAGGUCUACAGGGGGUUCCUUCAUGCUGGGCAGUCCUGACUCAGGACAGGCAAUGUAAAGUGCUGGUGGCCAAUGAAUCUCAUCUGUUCAUCUUAGACAAUACAGCCUGCACACCUGUGACUCCUCCAGGUCUCUCUCCAGACGCAUCCAGUAUAGUUCACAUAUGUGUCUCAUUCAGUUAUAAGUAUCUGGCACUGCUCACUGACUCUGGUCAUGUGUGGAUGGGUACGUCUAAUCUAAAGGAGAAACUCAGCGAGGUGGACACCAAAAUCAAAACUCCCCCCAAACAGAUGGCCUGGUGUCGCAGGCCCAAGAGUCAGCAGCCGUCGGCUGUGGUCAUGUGGGAUGGGCUUCUCCUAGUGGUGGGAGAGUGUAAAGAAACAAUUAAGUACCACCUGGACGACGAAUCGAUUCUCGUGCCAGAACUGGACGGUGUCCGGAUCAUCAGUGGAACGCACCAUGAGCUUCUGCAAGAGGUUCCAGGUGCGUGUGAGGAGAUCUUUAAAAUUGCCUCAAUGGCUCCUGGAGCAUUACUGCUGGAGGCACAUAAAGAAUAUGAGAAAGAGAGUCAGAAGGCAGAUGAGUAUCUGAGAGAGAUUAAAGAACAGAGUCUGCUGAGCGAGGCAGUGAGGCAGUGUGUGGAGGCCGCUGGACAUGAGCAUGAACCCGAGACUCAGAAAACUCUCCUGAGGGCGGCCUCAUUUGGGAAGUGCUUUUUGAGUAAUUUUCCUCCAGAGCAGUUUGUCAGCAUGUGUAGAGACCUGCGGGUGUUGAAUGCAGUACGAGACUAUACCGUCGGCAUUCCUCUUACCCACACUCAAUUCAAACAGAUGACCGUACAGGUGCUUAUCGACAGACUGGUGUAUCGUAAACUUUAUCCACUGGCUAUUGAGGUUUGCCGCUAUCUAAAGACUCCAGAAUAUCAGGGAGUGAGCCGAGUACUCAAACACUGGGCCUGCUACAAGGUCCAGCAGAAGGAGGAAUCAGAUGAAGUCAUAGCAAAAUCUGUGAGUGUGAAGCUAGCUGAUGCCGCAGGAAUCUCCUACUCUGAAAUCGCCACUAAAGCAUAUGAGAGUGGACGCACAGAGCUCGCCAUUAAGUUGUUGGAGUUUGAGCCUCGCUCUGGUGAGCAGGUCCCACUGUUGUUAAAAAUGAAGAAGAGUCCUCUGGCUUUGAGCAAAGCCAUCGAGAGUGGAGACACAGACCUCGUGUACACAGUGGUCAUGUACCUGAAGAAUGAGCUGAACAGAGGAGACUUCUUCAUGAUGUUGAGGAACCAACCUGUGGCUCUGAGCCUCUACAGACAGUUCUGUAAACAUCAAGAACAGGAAACACUGAAAGAUCUUUUCAAUCAAGAUGAUGAUCAUGAAGAACUUGGCAAUUUCUAUGUAAAGGCCAGUUAUAAAGAGCAGAGACUGGAAGCUCGGAUUGGUCUUUUACAAAGUGCCGUGGACGAGUACUACAAAGCCAAGAAUGAAUUUUCUGCCAAGGCCACAGAAGAUGAGAUGCGUCUGCUGCGGUUUCAGAGGAAGCUAGAGGAAGAGAAGGGUGAGCCGCUUGUGGGAUUCUCUCUUCAUGACACCAUGACCAUGCUGCUGUCAGUGGGACUGCACAAACACGCCGAACAACUUUACAAAGACUUCAAAGUGCCCGACAAGAGGUUCUGGUGGCUGAAGUUGAAGGCUCUGGCUGAGAAGGAGGACUGGGAAGAGCUGGAGAAAUUUGCCAAAAGCAAAAAGUCUCCUAUUGGAUAUCUGCCAUUUGUUGAAAUGUGCAUUAAACACCAUAACAAAUAUGAAGCCAAGAAAUAUGUCUCUAAAGUCACACCUGAGCAGAAGGUCAAAGCUCACCUCGCAGUGGGGGAUGUGGAAGGCGCCGCAGAGGCUGCCAUCGAGAGGCGUAAUGAAUCCGAGAUCAGUACUGUUCUGUCACGCUGUUCAGCCACCACUGAUCAUAUUCUGGUGGAGCGCCUCAACCGUGCUAAAGCCACUGCUGCCAAAAAGUGAGCCUGUCCACUUCUGCCCUGCUCAACUGAACUGCAUUGGCUGUCAAACAGUGAACCCCUGUGCACCAUUUCUCCAGCACAAAACAGCACGCAGCAGAAUUUGCUUUCGGCUGACUAAACAACUCCUGAUGUAAUUGAACAUUUUCAUGAAAAUUCUGCACAAUGAAGGAAAAUAUCUUGGGAGAAGAAGACAGACAGCAAGAAAACUUGCACGUUAGCAAUUUCUGUUUUUCCUGCCUCUGUCGGACAGCUAGAAGCGGUUCCCCUCUUGCACUUCACUGUAAACCUUAACCUUUGUACCUGUAAUUGCAUUAUGAAUCAUUGUGUUUGUUGCAGAAUCAUACUGUCAUUGAUCAUAUGCCUGUGUUCUGUAGAGAUUAUCUGCCUUUAUUAAUAUAACAAAACAUUUGUUAUUUUAAUUAAACCAUGAUUGGCUACCAAAA